AAUGUCUUCAUUUAGGCCACAAUCUUCUUAGGUUAUUUCAGUCAAAUCACCCAGCAGAAGUGAGUAUACUAAAUUAUAAAUUAGUUAUUCCUGCUAUUGCUAAUAUGGGGAGAUCAUAUGUUAUACCUGCUGCUCAGAAUUUGCCUACUACAGUAAUUGUAAAGGAAAAGAAUCCAGGAUCCUACAAUAAUGACAAAGAGGUUGAUGAUGGUGCAAGGGAUGAAUUGGAAUAAUGGAAAAAAAAGUAUUUUUCAUUAGAAGCUCGAUUAGCUAAAUAUGAGAUAGAUAAUGAAAUUGUACUGAAAUUAUGUAAUAUUUUUAGAAAGAUGAAUUAUAAUCUAGGAUAUUAGGUUCAUAGGAGGAUGUUAAAAAGUUUUAGAUAGAUUAUACUAAAGCACAAGCUGAUUUGGAUAACUAGAAAUCUGAGAUGAAUAAGUUGAUUAUUGAAAAUUAAAAAUUGUUAAAUUAACAAGUUGAGGUUGACAGAUUAAAAAAAUUAGUGGCUGAAAGAGAGGAUACAAUUAGCCAAGUAUCUAAUUAUAUUACUUAUGUAGCUACUACAAAAAUGCAAAGAAUAUCAAGAGUAAUUAUAAGAGCUGGAAGCUUUUUAAUAGGCUCUUUAAGAUAUGCAUAAUCAAAAUUAAGGAAAAGAAUAGAUGAUUGAGUAAUGGAAGUAAAAAUAUACAGAAAAUGACAUCAAAAAGUAAAAAGAAAUUGAUGAUCUUAAAUCCAAACUUGCAGAGUUUAAUCCUGCAGAGGUUUAAAACUUAAAAGAUUAAUUUUAAAGAGAGAGACAGGAAUCGUAAAAUCAAUUAAAAAAAUAAUAAACCGAUUUAGCUGAUGCCCUUAAACAAUUAGAUUAAUGGAAAAUUAAAUAUAAUGUAAUUCAAUCUUUAAUGAUAGAAUCUGGAUCUCCAACAUCAGUAAUUAUCAUCAGCUCAAAAAGAAUCUAUUGCAAGAGUUGAGACUUUGACUUAAGAAUAAAAUAAAUUAUCAACUUAGAUUCAUUAACUUAAUGAUGAUAAAUAGAAGUUGCAAAUUGAGGUGGAACAGACAAAAGGACAGCUUAAACUUCAUUAAGGCUUGAUUGGAGAAUUGGAUAGGAUUAAAAAACUAUUAUCUGAUAAAAGUACUGAAUUAUAGCAAACCUUGUAAUAGUCACAGUAGAAAGACAUAGAUUUAAAUAAUGCAGAAUUGACUAUUUCUGAAUUAAAUCAAAAAAUCAAAUCAUUGUCACUGUUAUAAUAAGAAAACUAAAGAUUAUCACAUGAAAUUGAAGAAAUUCAUAGAGAAAAUGAAAGACUUACCCAAGAUAAUUCUUAAUUAUUGAAAGAUAUUGAUAAGUUUAAGCUUUUAGAAUAAGAAAAACAGUAAUUAGAAAGUAAGGUCAGUAUGUUGGCAUCAGAAAUAGAGAGAUUGAAAGUUUAACUUAAAUAAAAAAAUGAGAAGAUUUUAGAAUAAUAGGAAGAUUUGAAAAACCUAUAAGAAUAGUUAAGAGAAAUUGAAUAAUUAGAAAAUUAAAAUCAAUAAUUAUUAAAGGAGUUGGAAUAAAAAGAUAAAAUUAUUGAAGAAUUGGAAUAGAAAUUGUAAGAACUCAAUGUUCUUGAAUAAAAAUUGGCUGAUGCUAAUAACAAAAUAUAUGAUCUAGAAAACAAAGUAGCAAUGCUGAGUGCUGAAUCCUAGCGAUUGAGAUAUUUGAAUGAUCAAAAAACAGAACAAUUGAAAAAUGCAGAAGAGUAAUUGUCUGAUUUAAAUAUUUUAAAAGAAAAAUUGAGUCAAUUAUAAAAUAAAUAUGAUGCAUAACAAUAGGUUAAUCAAAAUUAUUAGGAUGAACUAGAAAAACUAAGAGGCUAAUCAAAUUAAGCAAAUACAGAUAUCGCCGAAUUAAAAAGAUAAUUAGAAGAAUAAAAGGCACAAAAUAUAGUUCAUAAACAAUCAAAUUCUGAAUCUGUGAUUGCAGAAUUGCAAUAAUAACUGAGCUCAUUGUAACAAAGUUAUAAGAAGGUUUCAGAAUCAAAUUUAGCUAAUGAAGAGGAUCCAACUUUAGAUUUGCAAAAUAGAUUAACUCUUCUUAAAUAAGAAAAUCAAAGAUUAAAUCAAACCAUUUAAUAAAAGAAUUAAGAAGUCCUUAAUCAUUAAUAAUAGAACCAAAAUUUAUAACAAGAAUUAUUAGAAUUAGAUUCAUUAAACGUAUAAAUCAAAGAGUUGCAAGAGUCUAAAAAUGUAUUAUAGGAACAACUGUAGAAUGAGAUUAAAGGUCGACAAGAUUUAGAAUAAAGAAUUCAAUAAACUGAAUCCGAAAAGUAUGAUCUAUAGAGUAAAUGUGCUAUGUUAUCCACUCAUAUAGAAGGAAUGAAAUAUAAAUUAGAUAAGAUGGAAAAUGUUGAUGACCUUAAAAAAAGAAUUUAAGAAUUGGAAGGUUAAUUAGCAGAAAUGUAGGCAUUGGAAUUAGAAAUUGAAAGCUUGAAAGAUAGAAUUGCAGAGCUAGAGAAAGAGUUAAAAUUAUGGAAAUAAAAGCAUGAACAAUUAGAUUAAUCAUAUUAAUAACUACAGAUGACUAAAGAAUAGAUGGAGAAUAAAUUAGCUAUGCUUUCAUCCGAAAUAGAACGACUUAAGGUUUUAAAUAAAAAAAAGCAGGAUGAAAUAGAUGCAUAGAAUUAAGAAUUAAUAAAAUUAGAUUAAGAAAUGAAUGACUUACAUAAUUAGCUUGAAGAUAUUAAUGAAUUAAAAACAGAAUUAGGUUCUCUAUAGAACUAAUUAUAAUAAUAAAUUGAUGAUAAUUAAGAUAAAUUGAAUGAAAUUACUCAACUUAAAUAAUAAGUAGCAGAAAUUGAAGGUUUAUUAGUAAAUUAAGAAGAUUUAUAAAAUUAAAUUAAAAAGUUACAAACAGAAUCAGAAUCCAAAGAUGAAAUUAUAAAUUAAUUUAAGCAAAAACUAACAUAAUUAGAAAGCAAAAUUGCUGAACUUGAAGAUAUAAAAGUAAUUAACCAUUUAUAUAAUAGUACAAAUACGAAGAUAAAAUGGCACUUUUAAGUAGUGAAGUUAAAAGACAUGAAUUCAAAGCCAAAAAAUUGGAAGAUAAAUCUAAUGAAUUAACAACCCAAGUAGAUCAUUUAACUGCAGACUUGAAUGAGGCAGAUUCAAAAAUUGUUGAAUUAGAAAAAGUACUUUUUUUACUUACUUUUAGGAUUUAGGUUAGUGGAAGUUUGAAUAUUCAAAAUUAAAUAGUCUUCAAUACAAGAUAGAUGAAUAUAGUUUCUUGCUUGUAGUAUCGUUUGCUGAAAUUGAAGCUUUAAGAUCUUAAGUUAAUUCAUUAAAUGAGCAAUUAAAUGGUCAUAAUAAAACCAAAGUGGCAUUAGCAUUAGCUUGAUGAACA